AUAAAAUUACAUCAGUAACUAUUUAUCCAGACGUAGGUUAAAAUUGUUUUUAUUUUGAUGUGUCAAACGCCUGAUCGCUACAGCCUGUAGGAUAGGUAUCGUUUGUUUUCUCGUGACACCGAAUACAUCCUAUAUUUCGAAAAUUCUCUAACCACGGUCGAUCAUCUCCAUCAAGCAUAAAUCAUGAAAGUCGUCAAAUUAUUAUCGGCCAGAUCUAUAGCCACCGGUCCUAAAUUUCAAAACCGGUUAUCGGAGCAGACCGGUCAAUUAACGAAAUCUAGUCUGGACAGAAAAUCAACGAUCGAUCUCGUAUCCGUGACUCAUCACUCGAAAUUGUGCGACAAAUGGUGGGACGUAAACGGCGAAUUACGUGUUUUGCACUCGUUAAAUCCGCUGAGGGUACAAUUCGUCAGAGACGGUUUAGCGAACACUGGAGUUCAGGCUGAAAAUCCUUGUUACCCUUUGGAAGGAAUAAAGGUAUUGGAUGUCGGAUGCGGAGGAGGACUGUUCUCGGAGCCUCUGGCCAGGAUAGGGGCCGACGUAACUGGGAUCGAUGCAUCCUCGGAAUUGAUAGCCACCGCGAAAGAGCAUGCUUCACAGGAUUCAAAUUUGGAUGGAAAGCUAAAUUACGUUCAAACUGCCAUUGAAGACUUCUCUGUGAAUAACAGAGAAGCAUUCAAUGCAGUCGUGGCUUCGGAGAUCAUAGAGCAUGUGAACGACAAGGAUUUGUUUUUCAAGAGUUGCAUAGACACGUUGAAGCCUGGUGGCUCGAUAUUUGUUACAACGUUUAACAAAACCCUGAACUCUUGGAUCGCUGGCAUCAUCGCGGCUGAACAUAUUUUUAAACUCAUACCAAAGGGUACUCAUGAUUGGAAUAAAUUCAUCACUCCUGCUGAGAUGCAGUCCCUGUUAGAAAAGCACGGUUGUAAAACACAGUUGAUUCACGGUAUAGGUUACAAUCCUUUAAAGAACGAAUGUUUCUGGAUGAAUUCGACACAGAUCAAUUAUGGCCUCCAUGCUGUAAAGAGGAAAGAACAGAAGUAAAUACGAGUAUUACUUUUUUUAUGAAUUUAUUUCAUAGUAUAAUUGCACAAUGAUAUGACGUUUGUAUCGUUGUAACUUAAAAUACACAUUUUUAUUGAUUGUUACCAAUAAAGGAUGGAGAACUUGAACAGGUCAUGAAAAAGUAA